AUGUUGUGCGAAAUAUUUAUCUACACAUCUGGGCUGUUGUACUCCCCAGAGAGUUCCCGAACCAAUAACCGGAUGAGCGGAAACGGCGAAGCAUCACUCUUCGAGGUGAACAUCCGUUACGUCGGCGGGCUGCUCUCGGCGUACUACCUGACAGGAGAGGAGCUGUUCAAGAAUAAAGCUGUGGAGCUGGGAGAAAAGCUACUGCCCGCCUUUAAUACCCCAACUGGAAUCCCUCGAGGAGUCAUCAACCUGGGGAGUGGGACCAGUUGGAGCUGGGGCUGGGCCUCAGCUGGGAGCAGCAUCUUGGCCGAGUUUGGGACUCUUCACCUUGAGUUUGUGCAUCUGACAGAGCUGUCUAACGACCCAGUCUACAAAGAAAAGGUGAUGAGCAUCAGGAAGCUGCUGAACAAGAUUGAGAAACCUCAUGGCCUGUAUCCUAACUUUCUCAGUCCAGUCAGUGGAAACUGGGUCCAGCAUCAUGUUUCUAUCGGUGGACUCGGAGACAGCUUCUACGAGUAUCUGAUAAAAUCGUACCUGAUGUCAGACAAGACGGACGAGGACGCAAAAACGACGUACUACAACGCCAUGGAGGCGAUUGAAGCUAACCUGGUACAGAAAUCACCUGGAGGCCUCACCUACAUGGCUGAGUGGAGGGGAGGGAUCCUGGACCACAAGAUGGGCCACCUGGCCUGCUUUUCUGGGGGCAUGAUUGGGAUCGGGGCUGACGAUGGAGCACCAGAGAAGCGGCAGCACUACCUGGACCUUGCUGCUGAGAUCACACACACCUGCCAUGAGAGCUACGCUCGCUCAACCACUAAGCUCGGCCCCGAAGCCUUCAGGUUUGACAGCGGAGCCGAAGCUACAGCGACCAGACUGAGCGACAGAUAUUACAUCCUGCGACCAGAAGUCAUCGAGAGCUACAUGUACAUGUGGAGACUGACCCACGACCCAAAGUACAGAGACUGGGGGUGGGAGGCUGUCGAGGCGCUGGAGCAGCACUGCAGAGUCGAGUCUGGUUUCUCUGGGAUCCGUGACGUCUACACCGCGACAGUCAGCCACGACAACAUGCAGCAGAGCUUCUUCCUCUCAGAGACGCUUAAAUAUCUGUACCUGCUCUUCUCUGACGAUGACUUACUCCCAUUUGAAGACUGGGUCUUUAACACAGAAGCCCACCCGCUGCCCGUCAUCCGUAAGAGUUGCCUGCAGGAUGACGCAACAGAAGAAAAGACGGUUUCUGAUUAAUGCUGACCACCACCUAACAGCAGAGACUGUUCCCAACACAAAUGAAAUGUGAACAGACUCAGAUAAAGAUUGCAAACAGCAGGUCAGUGCAGGUUCAGUCCUUUCAGGAGUGUGUUAUUGACUCGAUUCCUUUCCAGUAAAGGAUGUUGUUGUUUUAUGCUGUGAUUGUAUAUCCUUUCGCCAGGGAUACUUCCUGCUGGCACUUGUUUUUUUUUUUUGUGGACAAUCAAGACAAACAUGACUUUCAUGAGAAGAUACCUUUUUUUUUUUUCCCUUCUUUCCUCUGUGAGGAAACCAGUAUAACUUACAAACCCAAAUGUAUGGGAGGAGGUUUGAACUAUCGGCCAUAUUUUCAAAAAGAGUGAA